AUGUCGGACAUCGCAAAGAGGGAUUUCGAGAUGCUCGCCGUGGAUGGUAGCAACUACCUCACUUGGGCGACCGACAUCGAGAUCAGACUCGAUGGCAUGGGCCUCGAUCAUACCAUUGUCCAGCCUGAAGCUGGCAAGGAUGAGCGCACAAAGCAGGACAAGGCAAAAGCGUUGCAUUACCUGCGACACCACCUUCAUCCUGACUUGAAGUGCGAGUACAUGACGGAGAAGGACCCGCUAGUCUUGUGGCAGUCCCUGAAGGAUCGCUUCAGCCAGCAGCUGACCAUUGUGCUCCCUAGAGCACAACAAGACUGGAUCAACCUACGCUUCCAAGACUUCAAGUCUGUGGCAGCGUACAACUCCGCAUUGCACAGGAUUGUGACCAAACUGCGUCUAUGUGGCCAGAAGAUCAUUGACGCUGAUAUGAUCAAGAAGACCUUGUCCACCUUCCACCCCGGCAACAUUUUAAUUCAACAACAGUAUAGAAACUCAAGGUACACCAAGUACUCUGAGUUGAGUGAAGUACUAUCUGUUGCCGAGCAACAGAAUGAAGUUCUCAUGAACAAUCAUUCUGCCCGGCCUACUGGUUCCAUAGCUGUGCCUGAAGCACAUGCCAAUGUUGCUGAGAGUUCUCGCAACCGCAAGAGGGGCCGUGGAAAGGGAAGGUGGAAGGGGAAGAAGGGUGCCAUGUUCAAGGUCAAAGGAAAGGGAAAGCCCAAAGGUAGGUUCGACCCCAAGAAGGAAAGAGGUGACCACAGUGGGGAAGAGCAAGGCGAUUGCUAUAGAUGUGGAGCAAAGAGGCAUUGGUCCCGUAAUUGCCGCACCCCCAAACACCUCGUUGACCUUUACCAGCAGAGCAAAAACAAGAAUAAAGGUCAGCAUGAGUCCCACUUCCUCACUGAGCCUGAAGCUCGGCCUGAGAAGCACGACGACGGGGUCGUCGGUGCAAGUGGAGACGUCCGAAUGGACGAGAGUGAGGACAACCUUCUUGAUGACUUUGAUAUAUUUGGAGACCUGCAGUAA